CGAUUGCUUAGGACGAAAUGGCCCACCAUGCUACAUACACGAUGGCAGGCGUGCUUACAGCGGGCGGCGUUUUCGGCUACCUGAAGACCAAGAGCGUUCCAUCGUUGGUGGCGGGAGUGACACUCGGCGCGGGAUUCGGCGUCGCGGGCUACUUACUCCAGAAGGGCGAGAUGACCAACGGCCAUGGUAUGGGGCUACUUAUGUCAUCGAUCACAAUGGGCGCUAUGGGUGUACGUGCUGUGCGCACAAAGAAGCCGCUCCCGGUAUCGAUUGCAUCGCUCGGAGCGCUGUCAGCUGCGUAUCACGCGCAUCGCUUCACCGAGUGGCUCGGACAGGAGUAGAGAAGACCAAGUCAAACGUCUGACAUCUUGCAAGCACUCACCGCUUGAAUUCAAAUGAAGUUGCCAAUUGCCUUUUUUGU